UAAUUUUUAGUUAAAUAUAAGACGCUCGUUACUGGAGCGUGGUACAUCAACAUCCCGACGGCGAAAAUGAGCCACACGUGUCUAUCGUUAAACUCACUAACGGCGUCAGUGUUUCCCGUUAAAAGAUACGGCAAUUUCAUUCAUCCGUCAGAAUUCCGGUACCGGAAAGCCAGAAAAUCAUCGGUAAUGAGAGUAUAUAGUCGUCUAGAUAAGUCCACCGAACAGCAACAGGUUAAUCUUUCCGUUCUUCGUUUCACUCUCGGGAUACCUGGAUUGGACGAAUCUUAUCUGCCGAGGUACAUUGGCUACACAUUUGGUUCGCUUUUGGUAUUAAAUCACUUUCUCGGUUCAGACUCAUCAGCUAUCACCGCAGCACAGCUCAGAACAGAAGUUUUAGGUGUUUUUCUGGCGGCGUUCUCUGUUAUAGUUCCCUACCUUGGAAAGUUUCUUAAGGGUUCUGUUCCAGUAGAAGAAAGAAAUCUUCCUGAAGAUGCUGAGCAAGCCUUUGUCAUCUCAGAGAACAUAUCAGAUACUCUUAAGGAGGAUUUGGCAUGGGGAACCUAUGUUUUGUUGCGUAACACAAGCACAGUAUCAGUGCUUUUCUCACUUCAAGAUACAAUUUGUGCUCGUGGCUACUGGGGAGCACCAAAAGAUGUACUGAAAGCUCAGUUAUAUGACUGGUUUGAGAAACAGAUCCAGCAAAGUGGUCUUCGUGAUUUGAAGGAGACACUUUAUUUUCCCCAGGUCUCAGACUCUGAACUGUGGGAGAUGCUUCCAAAAGGAACUCGUUCUCUCCUUCUGCAACCGGUGAUACAAGCUGAAACCUCAGAUUCCAAACAGAAGUGGAAGAAUGAUGGUUUUGUGCUUGUGGCUUCCAGCAACAGUUAUGCAUACAACAAUAAAGAUAGAGCCUGGGUUGGAGCUGUCGCAAAGAAAUUUGAAGGUAAGUGUAUCCAUGCAGAUCUAUAGAGAUUUUAAUAUUUCUUCAAAAUAUGCUAUAAACAAUUGUUCAAAAUUUGCUCAUUGAGCUAAAUAAUGACAUCCAUAAAGCUUCAAAGCUGUGGUCAUUAGUUGAGUUUCCCCCUAUUCUUGACAUCUCUUGGUUCUACUUGCUACCCUAGGCAACCAUUUAAGUUAAACUUUUUGCUGCUAGAGGUCUUAUUUCUUCACCAUAUACGGAAAUCAGGAAAGUGUUCAACGUUUACUUUUGAAAAAGCUUCACCCAUAGUGUAUCAUUGCAUACUUGACACGCUAUUGUGAAAAAAUAGUGAAGAAGGCGAGUUAUAUUUUACGAGAUGAUACUCAAUAUGCUUGCGGUAGAGAUUAUCCAUGACAUUUUAUUUUUAAUGUAUUUAAUAAUUCAGUUUUCUGCUGGUGAAAUUCAAUAGCUAGUCUUUCUGAUUUAAGCUCUAUGUGCUAGACCACCCUUUCCUUCCUCGCCCACAAUGGAAAGAAAAAAAAAAGUGAAAGCUUAGUUUCUGACUAUAGCAAGAGUAGCUGCUAGUAUCCAGAACUUAUGAUAUUAUAAGCAGCAUUCAAGACGCCGUGGUAUUUGUAAACUAAUUGUAAGUCUUUUCCCUCCAUAAGGCUAUAGACACAAAUUUUUGUGUGAUGUAGUAGAUCCUCUUUUGGUUCAACCCACCUGAAAUAUAAUCUUAUUCAUUUGUGUCCAUAAAUCAGGCUACAUUCUGCCAGCUGAUCGGGCAUGUAGCAUAUAAAGUAGGGAUGCAAUAAUAAGGUCAAGAGGUGCAUGACACCUGAACAUCCCCUGUAAUAAACACCAUUGUCCCUCAUAAUCAUGUCCACAAAUUCCUCACAAGGACAUUAACACAAUUUUGUCAAAGUGUUACGGCUUGCAAGGACAAUUGGUCCUUUUGAUUUUUGAUAUUAAGAUGCGGAAUCAUUAGAUUAGGAUUUCUCUAAACAGAGCUUGCACUGAGUAGCUUAGUUUGGAUGUGAUUUGAAUACUGUUUGAAAUGUUCUGGGUGUUUCUGGGACAAAAAAUCAUUGUUUAGAUCACAUUUACUGUCUGCUUCAAUCCGAAGGUUGCUAAAUCUGGGUAGUGGUAUUUGUUU